AUGGCAAAUUUGUCAGCCGACGUGGAGGUCCCUGAGGGUGCAGAAGUCCGCAAACUGUCGGAACUUAGGGUCAUCGAUUUGAAGGCCGAGCUGAAGAAACGAAACCUGGACACGACUGGCGUUAAGAGUGUGUUGUCGGAGCGUCUAAAAAAGGCUAUCGAGGACGAGGGUGGAAAUCCAGAUGAGAUAAUUGUCACACCGGAGUCGACCACUAAAAGAUCCACCAUCACCCCCAAGCGAGCCACCAAAGUGUAUCUAUUAUUUUUUCCAGAUAUAAGGCAAGAGAAUGAUGAGUCAGAGGAGGCCGUGAUGGGGGAGGAUUCCCAUGAUGGACACUGUUCAUCUUUUUCCCGUCAGCAGGACCUGGAUGAACAUGAGAACAUGCAGGACAUGGACAUCCUGGACAUGAAUGUGCUGGAUGAGACUGAGAACGACAGCGGGAUUCCGGCCGAGGACCACAUGGACGAUGAAAACUUUGACCGAGAUGACGACGACGACGAUGCGUUGUUGGAAGACGACCACGAGUUCAGAGCUUUUGACUCGGAGGAUGAAGUGAGAGGUCUAGAGCUGGACCAGUGUGAUGCUUUUGAUAAGGAUGAAGAUAUGACCUAUUCAUCGAACAACCAGGACUUGGAUGCGGGUGAUGCAAAAGAACAAUCAGAAAAUGACAAAGUAGCCGGGUCUUGUUUAUCUGAGCCACUUAAAGAAGAUCCCCACCCGAGCCAGGAGAUGAGCCCUGACGAAGAGCAAGCUGCCGCGGGCCGGGGGGAAGACACUGUGUCCAACUCUGAGGCCAAAUCCGACCACGCUGCCUCUGGAGAUGUGGACCGCGACAAGGAUGAUGUGGAGCCGGGGGCCAAAGAGGAGGUUGGGGGCGCGCAGAGCGCCCCAGAAGAGACAUUUGACAGUGAAAAGGAAAGCUCGCAGGCUGUUAGUGUAAGCGAACAGGGCGGCACGGGUGAAACUGUUGAUUCAGAAAUGGGGGCUAAGAAGGGUGAGGAGGAUGAGAAGACAGAAGAGAACGCUGCUCCGGAUUCAGCUCCGACGCUGAAAGAGUCCUCUUCUGUAGAGGGCGAUGAUCAGAAAAAGAGCUCUGAGGAAAAAGAUGGCAAGGCCGAAUCCAGAGAUGAAAAGGCUGCUGGAGGUGGUGCUGCAGCCGGCAAUAGCAGGAACCUGUGGGUCAGUGGCCUGUCGUCCACCACCAGAGCGACUGAUCUGAAGAGCCUGUUCAGCAAAUACGGCAAGGUAGUGGGAGCUAAGGUGGUGACCAACGCCAAGAGCCCCGGGGCCCGCUGCUAUGGGUUCGUCACCAUGUCGUCGUCCGAGGAGGCCACCAACUGCAUCAGCCACCUCCACCGGACAGAGCUGCACGGCCGCAUGAUUUCUGUGGAGCGGGCUAAAAACGAGCCUGCGGGGAAGAAGCCAGCAGACAAGAGCGAGGCCAAGAAGCCUGGCAGCGAGAGGAGACACUCCACCGACUCCAAGUCUGAUGGAAAGGAUGAGAAGUGUGAGGGAGAAGGAAAAGAUGGGCAAAACGAGAGGACUGUGGUCAUGGACAAGUCCAAGGGCGAGCCCGUUAUCAGCGUCAAAACCAAAAGCAAGAGCAGGGACAGAAGCACAAAGAGCCGCGAUCGCGCGUCCACUAGCAAAGAGCGGAAAGACAUCCUGACGUUUGACCAGAUCAAAGAGCAGCGGGAGAGGGAGAGGCAGAGGCAGCGCGAGAGGGAGAUCCGAGAGGUGGAGCGCCGGCGCUUCACCGACCGCGACAAUCGUCCGGACCGUGAGCGCGAGCGAAUCCGUCUGUUCCGCGAAAGAGAAGAAAGGAAGCACAUGAUGAGGAAGAGACACUGGCUGGAGGCAGAGAAGCAACGCCUGGAGGCCGACCGCAUGGAGCGGCAGUUCCUGGAGCGCGAGCGGCUCCGCAUCGAGAAAGACGACUGGCCCGAUAAGCGCAUGGCCAUGGACGACCGCUACGGCCGGUCGGACUUCGGCCGCCAAGACCGCUAUCAGGACUUCGACCACAGAGAGCGAGGCCGCUUCCAGGACGGCAUGGGGAGGGACAACUCUCGUGGAAUGGGGGCCGACAGAGAUGGACCGCACUUCUCAGACCGACACAGCAGAGAGAGCCGGGAGUCCUGGGGGGGAGGAUACGACAAGCGGGUUAACCCCAGGGAGGGUGGCCGGGACUGGGAUUCCAGCCGGAAGAUGGACGGGGAGCGGCCGUGGCAGGCCCGCGACGGGGCCCUCCCCGGCCAGAGCCACAUAGCGCGCGGGGGCAUAGCAGGGCGCGGCGGUUACAUGAGCACAGGAACGUCCCAGUCCCUGUCCGGAGCGCUGAACAGACAGAACCAGCUGAUGCAGGGCGGCGGGCUGCAGGGCGGGGCCUUCGGACGCCGCUACUGAAAAAAAGCCGCCGACAGGACUGUUCCAGGUGGUUAUUUCUUGAAGUACGUGACUGUCUUGGUUUUGUAUGUUUUGCUUGUUUUUUUUUGUUUUUUUUCCUAAAGAUUUGUUACCUUAAUUCAUUUCCAUUUUUGAUGGAAAGCAUUUCAACACGUCGUUUUUUGCCAUGUAGACAUCUCCUGUCCUGUAUUUAUCAUUUAGUCCUUCAUUCUUCCACUUAGCUGUCGGUGCGUACGAUUCUGAACACGUGUUGGAGUUGUCAAAGCUGUUCUAAAUUCAGAUGUCUAUGAAAUGCCUGGGUGUAUGGACCUAACCUCACAGUCCCUUCCUGUAUCCCGGUUUGUCAGGAGCUUUUUAGACUUCGGAUGAGGAUUUGCUGCAGACCUUUAUUUAAUUUCGCUUCGGUUCAGACUCAGGCUCCUGCCGAUAUUCUUUCAGAUGAUUGUUUUCUCCAGAAGAUAAAGGACUUUUAAAAAUACAUGUCACCUUUUGAUCAUCAGUUUGACCUUUUUUUUCUUUUUUUUUGUAAUGAAUCUGAACUGUAGUGUAUAAGUUGACUGGAUUUUUAGUUUUGUGCAUAAAAAUGUUGGAUGGUUGUUGUUUUUCAGUUAAAGGGGUUUAGUUAUUUUAAUACAAAUUGACUCGGAAAAUUCACAGGUUGAAAUUAAAAUAAAAUGUUUUUCAUAAUUUUCUGUGUUUUUUUUUAAAUAUAUAUAUAUAUACAAUUUACAAGCUUAUUUAUGGGC